AUGGCUACCGAAGAUGAUAACUUCGAUAUUGACAUCUAUGGAGAUGGCGGUGGCUACAAUGCCAAUGAGCAGGGGCCCGAGGAUGAGAUGAAACAUGAUGACACAGAACUUAUCCUAGAUGCGCCGGAACCCACACAACAACAACAGCAGCAGAAUGGAAACCCCAACCACCAAGGCGACGGCUCCUCCGACGGCACCGUCAAGCCCGACAGUGAAGGCGGCGCUCCCCAUAGUGACCCUGUAACCCAGGCGGGCUCCGCCAACCCCCAAUCCGCGGCCAAGGAGACUCCCACCCCCCAGCAGGGAACCAAGCGCAAGGAGCAUGAUGAUCGCCCGACAGACCCUGAUGCUACUCCUGCUCUGCUCAUAUCGGACUUGUAUUGGUGGACCACGGACGACGACAUCCGCGGCUGGGUGUGCCAGGCCGACUGCGAGGAUGAACUGAAGGACGUAACGUUUAGCGAACACAAAGUGAACGGUAAAAGCAAAGGACAAGCGUUCCUCGAAUUCACCACCCUCCAAGCAGCCACCGCAACGAAACACAAGAUCGAGUCAUUCAGCGCCGGUGGACAAACGCGCAAGCACAUGGUCACUUACACCAGCCCGCAACCGAACCCGUUCCGCACGCUACCCAAGGAUGCGCCGAUGCGCAAGGACAACCAGGCGCGCUCGAUGUCCGGCGGCUUCAACUCGCCCAACCCGAACAUGAACUUUGGCGGUGGCAUGAACAACAUGGGCGGCGGCGGCGGUUAUCGCGGCGGACGCGGUGGAUACAAUAACCGGGGCGGCAUGUCCGGCGGCAUGGGUGGUGGGAACUUUGGCGGCAACCGGAACUUCCAGAACCCCAUGGGUGGCUUCCAAGGGCCGAUGGUGGGCGGAGGCUUCCAGGGGAAUCCCAUGGGGAUGCAGAACUACGGUGGCUUCAAUAACCGCGGGGGGAUGAUGGGCGGUAUGCGCGGUGGCCCUGGCGGCAUGCGCGGUCGUGGUGGUGGCAUGGCAGGACCCAAUAUGAUGGGAAUGCCGGGGAUGAACCCGAUGGGAGGCAUGGGGAUGAAUGCGAUGCCGGGGGCGAUGAAUCCGAUGAUGGGAGGUAUGGCGGGUAACAUGGGGAUGCAGGGACAAGGUGGAUUCCAGGGCCCCAACCCAGCCUUUAACCAGGGCUUCUUCCCUCCCAAUCAAGGCGUCGGCGAUGGAUCAUGGAACCCUCAUGGGGCCAAGCGCAGUCGCCAGGAGUGA